AGGUGGAGAUAGGAAGUUAAAGUGGGAGUGGUGGGUUUGCUCUUGGGUGAUGAUGCAGCGAGCAGGGCGUUUCGAUGGGGUGCAGCGUGGCAUGGACCUGGGUCCCAACACUUUCUUAUAUUUGGACCGCCUCAUUCUCGUUCCUAAGUUUCCGGGCGAUUGAUGAUCAAUUGAUCUGCUGUGUUCUUGUCCAGUGUUGUAGUUGCACAGGAUGUCGAAGACCGGACCGAAGAAAUCCGCUAAGCCUGAAGAGAAGCUGAAGGCCAAAGAGGAGGAGAAGAAGAAAGGCGACGGGCAUGAAGAGGGGGAACAUAAGCCACAGACGGCUGAGCAAAAAUGGUCUGAUUGGAUAUGGGAUGAGGAGAUGAAGUUGUAUUAUCGCGCCAAGCUUGCAAAUGGCGUUGAAUGGAUAUACGACUAUGCCUGCCCUGAACUUCACCCUGCGACAAAGAAAGAGAAGGUUAAUAUAAUAUCCGAGAAAUUCGAGUUUCCGAAAGUGGAAGAGAAGAUUGUGUUUGUACAGCCGAAAUACAAGUUCGAGGUGCCAAGUGGGAGAGGCAGCGAGUAUUUGGUGUCAGUAUGUGAGGAAAUGCGUGCUGGGCCGGGCAUGAGAGGAGGAAGCGGCAAGCCGGCAGGAGGGAAUGCUGAAGAGAAGGCUGCAGAACCUGUGAAAGUUGAAGGUGAAGCAAAAGCUGGUGGAGAGGAGGAAGGAAAGAAGAAGAAUGUAGCUCGAGAACAACGUUGAAGAUGGUCGGAGUAGAGGCACAGUGACGAAACAGCCAGAAAAAGAAGGCAAAGUGAGGAGGAAGGAUCGAGAGAGACA